GCCACAACCUGGUCCAAUCAUUGAAUCGCAAAGGCUAACAAGUGCAAGGUAGAAUGAAAGUUCGUUUCCUGGGUAAUGCAACGUGUAUCUCUCCAACCGCCGCAGCGUUUCUAAAAAAGAUGGGUCGCCGCAAGUCCAAGCGAAAGCCGCCUACUAAAAAGAAGAUGACCGGGAGUCUGGAUUCCCACUUUACGUGUCCCUUCUGUAACCACGAGAAGUCAUGUGACGUCAAUAUGGAUAGAAGCAGAAAUACUGGAAUAGUAUCGUGUUCAGUCUGUUUGGAGGAGUUCCAGACGCCAAUAACACACCUGUCAGAGCCAGUUGACGUGUACAGCGAUUGGAUAGAUGCUUGUGAAUCAGCCAAUCAAUAGCCCUGAAGGACCUGGACUUGUGUCCGGACUGGAGGAGGUUGGGACUUUUUUUUUUUUUAUAAAUGGAGGUAUGUGGACUGAAGGAGCCCAACACUUUAAAUAAGACCUCAGUGUUGCCAAUCUUAUUUUUUAACCAUCUGUCCUCAAAUGUUUUUCUUUCAUUUUCUUUAUUUAUUUAAAGAAAAGUCUCGGUUUAUAUCAUGAAACAGGUGUGGAGAAAUGACUUGAAUGCUGCACUCUGACCAUUUUAUUAGGUACAGCUGCACAAGUGUACCUAAUAAGGAGACCUAUGAGUAAAACGCGGCAAAAUAAAUGAUAUACACAAAAAAAUGCAACUUAAUCUACCUUUGCUAUGAUGAUGUCACAUGUAGUUUCAUGCUGUCAUCCACCAACAAGGAACAUGUCCUGUAAUGAUGAUGGUUAUAAUAAUUAGUAUAAUAACCCACGUCUCUCUUCAUUCUCACAGCAGAAGGUCAUACACUAUACGCAUAUUCUACGGUUGAGAGUUUCUUUGUCUUCUGGCACUGUAACGAUGAAAGAUGUACACGCAGUAUGUAAAUAAGUGCGCUCACUGUAGCUAUGCAAAACCAUUUGUAGUUACUCCCACUUGGGUUAUUUUCAGAAUAAGACGACAUGUCACGAACAAGUGGAGUGGAGAUUCAUUUUUGCUUGAUGUAUUCAAUUGUUACACAUGUAAUCCAAUACUUUAUUUAUGGAAAAUGUUUAUUUUUUGUUUGUGCAAUAUGCUUGACCGUAGGGUACAAAAAAAUGAGUUUUGCAGCUCUGGUGGUUUUUGGAGGAUUAGAAGGGAAAACAUUAAAGAAAUAUU